AUGAUGCAGACACUGGAGAUUAUCGGACCCGAGACCGGACGCUCCCCAAAGCGCGUACACCCGGACGACGACCACCCUAAAGACGACACCAACCCCGGCUCCGAUAGACACCUGAGUGGCGACGUACGUGAUGAAGUCAUCGACGAGAUCGAGUCGCGCCCGCGCAUCCCUCUUCCACAGAGAGCCAUCUGGCCCAGCCCUACCGCGCCACCCGCCUUCACGAAAGAUAAUCCCCACACCCAAUCUUCGAGGCGGGGGGAAGCCCCACUGGCCAAGCCGACCGACCAGUCGGUCGAAUUCCUUGAUGCGACCUUUCCCCGGAUAGGCCUGAGUAUGGUGGAUCUCCUAGACGGCAUGGAGAUGGCCCAGACCACGCCAGUUCUAAACAACCCGGGCGAAUUCCUUGCCAUUGUCCCCUUCAACGCCGGACCGGACCUUUUCGCGGCAUGCCCAACGCUUCACACAGACAUCCGCGACUUCAUCGCGGACCUGCGCAUCGACGAAGGACCGCCACAGGAGACUUUGGGGAGCGCCAAGAGACGCCUCGACACACACCGUCCCCUAGCCAAGAGAAACUCCAAACGUACCUUCGACAAGCCGUGGACUAUUCUCCUUACCGGAUUCAACAACAAAGAACGCACCUAUCUGCUUUUCCAACAGACCUUCGCCGUCAAUGAAGACAUAUGCUUCCAUGUGCUGUCCUUCGACCCGACCUUCUACGAAUGGACGAUUAUGCACAUCUCGGGCGAUGCGGUCAGGGCCGCUGAGGACGAAGAAGCCCGGAAGGAGGUUGAGGACGAAAUACUCACUACUAUCAAGACGACUCUUUGGAAAGACAAGCCAUUCCGCAACUUCGUGGACCAGACCCUCCGCGCCGCCGGCAUUCCAGGCACCGUGAACGACCGAGUCGCCUACGCGACGAGCUCCUUUACCCUCUCGGGGACUGAAGAAGCUCCUUAUCUAGAAGAAGGAAAUCGAAUGUGCCCUCUGCAAAUCGUACACUCACCCGGCAUGGGAUUGCCCGUUCCCGAAGACCCCGGGAUGCAUGUCCUCUUUGGGGAGAAUGAGACAACGGAGACGCUAUAUGGCCCAAAUAUACUGAGCCGAAAGGUGACAGGAAAGCCGUCCGAGCGUAUAAACUCACGCGUAUGGGCUAAAAGCCGAGAGACGGAACCAAAGCAAGCCACAAACACGAACGAAAAGAACACAGCGCCAAAUUGGCUCGGAGGUCAAAUGUGGCGCGGGAGUUCUUUUCAGGCGGUGAAUACUACUAUGAGCAACGAAAAAGAUAGCAACGGCGGAUCCGCUCUCAGAGACGGACUCGACGUAGCCGCCAGUCGAGCCGUCGAGGACGAAGCGCGUGGUAUCAGAGGCGGACAGGUACAACCAGAUGGUGGUGAGGCUGUAGCGGGAGAGAUCCACACGACCGUGACAGACGCUCAGCGUGAUGACCCACCACAGUUGACCGAAGGGCCCUCAGACAGAGAGAGCAUGGCAGCCUCAGAGCAAGGCCGACCAGAGACACAGACUGUGUCUAGGCCCCAGCAGACCGCUGGAGGACCACCACUGCAACGCAGAGGACGGCGAAUCGCCGAGCAAGUGCCCCACACGAGACCAGUGCACACAGAAGCCGUUGCGAACGAGUUACGCAGGCGCCUAGGGAAGAACCCAAACAAUGGCAGAGCGAUGGGCAAACCAAGAUGGAAGCCCCCCAAGGCAAUGAAAGCAGGGAUCCACAUUGCGUCGUUGAAUAUCCGUGGAUUCGGACAGGCGAAUAGCCAAGUCAGUCAUAACAAAUGGCUCCACAUAAAUCAGCUGAUGAGGGAACGGAGAAUUGCGAUCCUCCUGGUACAGGAGGCGCAUAUGGACGACCAGCGCCGGGACGAGAUAGAGACCCUGUUCACGAACAGACUCCGCGUUUUCGUGUCCCCAGACCCAGAUAACCCGACCGGGAAGGCUGGGGUGGCAAUAGUAGUUAACAAACAACUAAUCCGAAACUGGGACAAAAUCACAGCGAAGACGAUCCUUCCAGGAAGAGCAUUGGGCAUAGAGCUCAACAUGCUAAACAACAAAAAACUCACGGUACUGAAUGUGUACGCCCCAAAUGAUCCACAAGAGAACCUCGCCUUCUGGAUAGAGUUGGACGGACACUAUGCGAUGAACCGACGUGAAACGAGGCCGAAUGUUAUGGGAGGAGAUUUUAACCUAGUGGAAAGUGACAUCGACAGAUUACCAUCUCACCCAGAUCUCGACAAGGCCGUUGAGAAACUAGAUGAGACGGCCAGCCGCCUACGACUGAUAGACGGAUGGAGGAAUACAUAUGUCGAUCGAAAAGAGUUCACAUACUACCAAAAAUCGACCAUGAUAUCUAUUCUGAUCGCAUACUCAUUCCGUCAUUCUCAUCUAGUAGAACAGGGAGAUGCCGCGACACGGAUCUUUGCCACGGUGUGUAUGACAGGUAUCGAUCUCGGCACCGUCAUUAGAAUGUAG